CAAAAACCAAAAAAAAAAACAUUAAAAACUCUAUAAUUUCACCUCCACUUGGGUUGUCACAACACAUUGAUAUAAACAACGACAUGUUGGCAGAGAAUUCUCCUUCUAUUACAAUACAAAUAGAAAAGGGAAAGCUAAGCUAGUACUGGUAUACAUACAUACAAACAAAAAUCACAAUUUUGGAGAAUUCAAUUCUUCAUACACAAACACACCCUUUAUUUAUUUUUUGCUCAUUCAAAGGGCCUUGUCUGUCUGGUCAUCUUUUUACGUUUCUUGAGGUUUUUAUUUAAGUUUCUUUCCUUCUCUUACGUUUCCGAUCGUCUUGGGUUCUACUCAAUUUAGAUUUUAAGGCUUUGCAGCACAAUACAUCUGCUUUGAUCAUUGAGGCAAAGGAUAAGAGCCCUGCUUAUACAAUAACUUAAACUUAGGAUUGAAGGGGUUUUUGUUUUUGUAGUUGCCAAAUGCUAAAUUUUGGCAGGGGAAGAACUCAAACAAGGUCCACUCGAUCUAUGUCACUUGGAGGCAUGGAUUACCCAGACCCGAAAAAGAAGAGCAGCUUUGUUGGCAAAAUUCUUUUGGCUGCUGGCCUCACAGCAUUAUGCAUUCUUAUGCUCAAGCAAUCUCCAAGUUUUAAUUCUCCAAGCCCGUUCUCCCAUCAGGAAGACGGGGUAACGCAUGUCCUAGUAACGGGAGGUGCUGGCUACAUUGGUUCACAUGCUACCUUACGACUUCUGAAGGACAAAUACCGUGUAACUAUAGUGGACAACCUCUCACGGGGAAACCUGGGUGCUGUGAGGGUUCUCCAAGAAUUGUUUCCAGAACCUGGAAGACUUCAGUUUAUUUACGCUGACUUGGGUGAUGCAAAAGCUGUUAAUAAAAUAUUCUCAGAGAAUGCGUUUGAUGCUGUUAUGCAUUUUGCAGCUGUAGCAUAUGUUGGGGAAAGCACCCUUUUCCCACUUAAGUAUUAUCAUAAUAUUACAUCAAAUACUUUGGUAGUAUUAGAGGCCAUGGCAGCACAUGGUGUGAAGAAAUUGAUAUAUUCUAGUACAUGUGCAACAUAUGGGGAACCUGAAAAGAUGCCUAUUACAGAAGUAACUCCUCAGGCCCCCAUUAAUCCAUAUGGAAAAGCUAAAAAAAUGGCAGAAGAUAUCAUCUUGGAUUAUUCUAAAAAUUCAAACAUGGCAGUCAUGAUCCUAAGAUACUUCAAUGUGAUUGGGUCAGAUCCAGAGGGCAGAUUAGGUGAAGCUCCAAAACCUGAACUACGUGAACAUGGACGAAUCUCUGGUGCUUGUUUUGAUGCAGCUAGUGGUAUUAUGCCUGGACUGAAGGUUAAAGGAACAGACUAUGAUACACCUGAUGGCACUUGUGUACGCGAUUAUAUUGAUGUCACUGACCUGGUUGAUGCUCAUGUGAAAGCUCUUGAAAAGGCUGAGCCCAAAAAGGUUGGAAUCUACAAUGUUGGCACUGGAAAAGGUAGAUCGGUAAAAGAGUUUGUGGAGGCAUGUAAGCAGGCUACAGGAAAGCCAAUCAAUGUUGAUUACCUACCCCGCCGGCCUGGUGACUAUGCUAAAGUGUAUAGCGACCCAUCUAAGAUCAUGCGUGAACUGAACUGGACAGCACGAUAUACUGAUCUUAAAGAGAGUUUGCAGACUGCAUGGAGAUGGCAGCAGUCGCACCAUGGUGGGUAUGAAAAUAUUUAAGCAUCAUCUUACUGAAAGGAUCACAGCAUUCCGUAGCCGAAGAUUUAUGCAGAGACCCCAUGCAGUGCUGAUUUCGGCCGCGUUCUAAUGCUCUCUUUAGAACAGGGGUUUGAAAUUGAGAUCAAAUUUUUUAUAUAUAUAUAUUAUAUAUCAUUAUGGGGUAGUAGUAGGAUUCAAGCAAAGCUCAUUUGUUACAUGUAUUAGAACAGACAAUAUAGUUCAAUAAUGAUGAUGCUUAGGCGCGGGUAUAGCUUUUAUUGAUUAUUUUGUUCUUACAUUUUUUUUUUGCCCUUAUUGAUUAGAAUGGAUACCUGUGCCAAUGAAGGGUGAUGGUGAUCAUAUCUUGUUACAGAUGCCCCUCUAAUCUGAAUGUUACUUUUGUAGAGCACCCCAUCAAUGUAUUGUCAGUCUCUUGUUUCUAACCGAGUAGAACAAAACUGGGGGUUUGGAAUCAAUGAAAUACAUAGUGGCAAGGUUAUCAAA